GGAAUAUUAAGACGUCCAUGUUCAAUCCAACGUUUGAUCCUGGAAGCACUGAAGAUUCCACCGUCGCUGUUCCUACCAGCAUAGCCAGUUUCGAUAACAGUAAAUAAUCCAUCGGCAUUACAACAUGCCAUUAAUACUAUCGAAUGGUAGGAUUUGUAAUUAAAAUUACUUGAUCCCGAAUUAGGUAAUUUUUCUAUUCUGAUGUGUUUACCAUCACAUGCCCCUAAGCAGUUGGGUAAAUUCCAGAGGCGAUCAAAACGAGCAGCAAUGUCUUUCCAAUGUUGCACAUUUGGUAAUGGCAUAUAGUCUCUAUUUAAUAUCUCCCAUAUUAUAACUGUAGUUUCAGCUAUGACCUUGCAAAUUGUAUUAUCUCCUCUUGCAAAAUACAAUCCUAGGCUUACAAAUGAACAACCUGAUCCCAAAUAUCUGUAAUUAAUAACAAUUAAUAUUAAGGUUAUUUUCAGGAUCAGAAGCUAAAGAAAAGUGGAAAAAUCUACGUAGUGUUUUUGUUCGCCAUUUGAAACCGCCUAAAAGUGGAGCAGGGACUGCGCAAAAAAAACCAUACUACUUAGCUGAUUUUAUGCAAUUUACUAUACCGUUCAUAAAAACAGCAGGAAAACCAUCAGGAAAUUUGAACGAGACAAUAGAAGAUAAUGACACAUUGCAACCACAGUCUCCUGAACUAUGCGAACAAACACAGUUCACAGAAAGUGUACCUACAAGCACUCAAUCGAUCUCGCAACAGCAUUCAUCUCUUCCUUCUACAAGCAGUCAAUCAAUCUCACAACAGCAUUCAUCUCUUCCUUCUACAAGCAGUCAAUCAAUCUCACAACAGCAUUCAUCUCUUCCUUCUACAAGCACUCAAUCAAUCUCGCAACAGCAAUCAUCUCUUCCUUCUACAAGCACUCAAUCAAUCUCACAACAGCAUUCAUCUCUUCCUCCAACAAGCACUCAAUCAAUCUUGCGACACCAAUUACCACCAGCAACAAGCAAUAAAAGAAAACGGAAGAAGCUUGAAGAAACUCAAGCUGAGCAAGAUAUUGCAGCUUAUUUUAAAUUGAAACGAUCUAAAAUUAUAGAAAACUGUGACAGUACUGAAAAUUCAAACAAAAUGUUUUUACUGAGUUUACUGUCGGACGUGAAUAAAUUGAAUGAUAAUCAAAGAAGACUGUUUAAGAGGAGAGUGCUUGAAUUGAUAGACGAUAUUAUGGACCAAAGUAGUCCCAUCACACUUUUAUCUACUCCUUCACCGACUGACAGGGCAAUAAGUACGCCAAAUACCAUAAAUGAAAGUGUACAAUCAAAUACUGCCACACUAUAUUAUGAAUCAAUACCUAUGUUUUUAUCACAGGAAGAUGAAGAAUAAGUAAUAAUUUUUAUAAUUGAUUGAAAUAGCCUAUGUUUUAAUUUGAUGAUUGAUUGAUUCAUACUAAAAAUUUAAUAUACAUUUUUAAUUACAUAUGUAACAAUGGAGUAUUAUUUACCUUAGGGUUAUCAGAAUCCUUUCUUCCGCACUAACACACUCUCUAAAUAUAGUAUUUCGUUGAUGUAUAGCAGGCUUUAUUAAUGUAACAAGAUGCAGGUAGGUCUCUUUAGACAUUCGGUAGAAAGACAAAAAUUUAUUAUCAUCAUGUUGUAGUUCUUGUGCGGCUACAAAAACUCUACAAUUUAUGUUUCUUUCAAUAUAUGGAUGAAUCCAGUAUUUUCUACUCUUGCGUUGACGUCUUCUGUUUCUAUAAAACAGAAAAGCUGCAAGUGCUUCUUCGUCACUAGAAUCGCUCGACAUAACGUCCGUCCACAAAAACGAGUUUGCACAAAUGAUAAAUUUAGUCAUUUUUCAGUAGCAUAAUAUGCGAGCGUCGGGUAGCGAACAAGUAUCCAACUAGUAUUCUACUCGAGUAUCGUACCUUACAAGUAUCGUAAUGGGAGAAGGGCCUAAUUCUCUAAAUUAUCUAGCGACAAUAUCUAUUAAUUAUCUAGUAUCACGUGGCAAUACUUAAACAGUUACUUUACUAUUACUACAGACAUGCCCUCUGGUCUUAUUCCCGGCCACAAGCAAAGCGUUGGACUUUUCUUGGAACGAGUCUACGGUAUAGAGACGCAGGAGUUGUUCUAUCGCCUUCUAGAAGAAGCCUUCUUACCCGAUCUGAGAGCUGCUACGAUGUUAGACAGGGUAAGUGGUUAUCUAUAAUAUUAUACAUCUGUAAAAAAAAAGUUGAUGGUGUUGGGAUUGAAAUUUUGUUACACAAUCACGCGUGAGCCGUGGUAGCUCAGAUGGUUAGCGUUCGCUGUAAAUUUUACAGUACGCCAGCAACCCGGGUUCGAUCCCCGCCGGCACCAAUGAAAUUGUUAAUUGCAAUUUUAAGUGCUGAUUUACCACGUGCUCGGCGGUGAAGGAAAACAUCGUGAGGAAACCUGCAUAUCUGAGAAAUAAGAAAAAAAAUUCGAAGACAUGUGAAGUUCGCCAACACGCAUUGGGGCAGCGUGGCGGACAUUGCCUUGCUCUAAAUCCCUGUCAGAAAUGAGAGGAGGCCUGUGCCCAGCAGUGGGACGUAUAUGGGCUCUAACUUUAAUCACGCGUGAAGGACUAAAUGGCCUAAGAUGAAUUUUGUUAUCCUUGAUUUAAAUUUUUUAAAGUUGAAAAUAAAAAUUACCAAAAACGUAGGCUGUAUUGGCAAAGCUGUUUUAAAUGUAACGGUGACAAACGAGCACACAGUCUAUCUGAUGGUAAAUGGACCUACACUAAUCAUCGACUAAGAAUUAAAAUUCAAAUGCGUUAUCAGCCCUGAGUACUAAGACGGAAUGCCUCGUUAAUAGUAAAAAGGGUCUCCGGUUCUCUACACUCACCAUCCGCAAUAUAGCAGCAGUAACCGUGGCUCUACCACGUCUACGAAUACCUUGUUCUAUUCAUUUUUAUCAUUCAUAUUUUUUUUAACAGAACGACGGCUGUGAAUCAGACAUGGCGCUGUCAAUGAACCGCUACAUCGGCAACUCUAUUCUACCCUUGCUUAUCAAGCAUGCCAACUUUUACAAUGAAGCUGAAAACUACGCUAGCCUACUCGACGCCACCUUACAUACCGUUUAUAGGUAAUAAGCCAGAUUUUUAAGGUUCCAUGGCCAGAGACAUUGACUUGACAGUGGUUGUUUGUUUUAUUUUAAAAAUGUUGCCCCCACUGUUACCGAUUAUUGCCAGUAUCUUGCAGGCGGUAUAUAUAGAUAAAUAAAUUGCUAAAAGACACACAUCCAGACCCGAAACAAUUACUUGCAGGCCAUACAAAUACUUUCACCGUGCGGGAUUCGAACCCCUGACCGAGCAGCGUACCGACUAAUGUUUAGUCACUGCGCUAUUGAACCCCAAUUCAAUCCAAAUAGGUUGUCAUGUUUCUCGUGUAUCGCGGAGGCAUUUUACGUACAUAAAACACACAAAGUCAGAAACACAGAUCCGGAACGAUUAUUCGUAUUUGUAGGUAACAAUUACUUGUCACGACACUGGAUUUGAACCCGCAGUCAGCAGUCUCUCAGCCAAACACGUAGCCAGUAUGCAACCGAGCCUUCAUUAUG